UUCCUGUCGUGUGAAAUGUGAACCACAACUCCGGUCCGUUACUGCAUCCUGUCCCCCCGCGGGGUUUUAGCAGCAUUUUCAAUAGCAGGCCCUGCCCAUUUAUUUCAAUUUCCCCAUUUCUCGGGUAGCCGUGUAGUUUAUUAAGCAACAAAAUAACGAAAUAACAGGCAACGGGACUGGAAAUCGUGCGGCUGUCAACCCGAACGGAUUAUAUUUUAUUACCAAAACCAAGCAACAGCGCCAGCUUUAUUACUAUUAUUAUUAAUUUUGAUUUUGAAAACAAUUCCAUCCUCUUUUUAAUAUUGCACAUAUUUUGAUAUAUAUAUAUAUAUAUAUAUUAACGAAACACGGCGAUUCCAGCAUCAUUCACAAAUCUUCCAAGAACAUGCAGAGGACCACGGGAAAGAAACGGGGACGGUUCAGUUAUUUUCGACACUUGCUGCUUUGAUUGAAAUUUAAGACAAAAUACGGGACUUUUUAAAAUGUUCAAAUAAACAAACAAAAAACGAAGAUGCUUCACAAUAUUAGACAUCAUUAGGAGAGGCGUUUUUUUUUUUUUUUUUACCCGACAGGAAUAUCGAAAACCUUUUUCUUUUUAACCGAAUUUCUGCACGUUUUGUAUUACAUUUUCUGUAUUUAUUAUUAUUAUUAUUAUUAUUAUUAUUAUUAUUAUUAUUAUUUCGGGAGUGGGGUUGUAUAUUUUUAAUAUUUGUGAAAUAUAUUUUGAUAUGACCCACUCCCACACAGUGUAUUUAUUUGACCCCCUUCUUUCACAAUCUCGAAUUCAUAUAAUAAUUGUAUGCCUUCUUCCAUUAUGUUUUAAAAACCUAAGUUUCGUUUCAUAAUUUUGUAUAUUACGUUUUUUGUAUUUGUGCUCAAUGAAGCAGGAUAGCGAGGACUGCGGCCUAGUACAAUUCGACCACAUUCCAUCCUUGGAUGUUAUAUUAAUAAUAAUACAAUUUCUGUAAAAAAAUAUUACACACAACUGACUUUUACUGUAGUACAGCCAAACGAAGAACCGGUAAACAGAAGCUGGCGCACAUUUUAUAUUUCAUUUGACUUCAUUUGAUGUGGCAAAUUUAUAACGAAAAUACGAAAACAUAAAACAACCACCUCAAGUUUGUGGUAACUACUGCCAGUUUCAAAGUACAAGGAAAAACACCGACCAACUUUGAAGUCUUUUAUUAAAAAGGAAUUGCGAAAAACAGUGCUGCUGAGUAUGGAUCUCUCGGUGGCUCAGGGCUUGCUGAUUUGUCUUCUCAUCCUGGUCCCGCUGCUGUACGAGUGGAUCCCCUCCUUCAAGUUCUUCUGCAAGAUGGCGUUCUUCUACAGCUGGAUCCUCGCCCUGGCCGUGCUCGCAAUACCCAUCUGCGCAGUGAGGGGGCGCAACGUCGAGAACAUGAAGGUGCUCCAGUUCAUGUUGCUCCACAUCAAGUACCUGUACGGGAUAAAGAUUGAUGUGAAGGGCUGGGAGAACUUCCCUCUGAAGGAGCCCUACGUGGUCGUGUCCAACCAUCAGAGCUCCAUCGACCUGCUGGGUAUGAUGGAGGUGCUGCCCUCACGCUGUGUCCCCAUUGCGAAGCGGGAGCUCAUGUACGCCGGCACGGUUGGUCUGGCAUGUUGGCUCGCCGGCGUGAUCUUCAUAAACCGCAAGAAGACGGACGAUGCCAUCAGCGUGAUGUCAGAGACAGCGCAGACCAUGCUCAAGGAAGACGUGCGUGUGUGGGUGUUCCCUGAAGGCACUCGGAAUCAGGAUGGGUCGAUGCUGCCGUUCAAGAGAGGAGCCUUCCACCUGGCAGUGCAGGCACGGGUUCCCAUAAUUCCAGUUGUGAUGUCGUCCUAUAAAGAGUUCUACAAUAUAAAGGAGAACAAGUUCACCACAGGGACCUGCGUGGUGCGGAUCCUCCCCAGGAUCGAUACUAAAGGCCUGACUCCGGACGACGUUGCAGAUCUUGCGGACCGCACCCGGCAAACCAUGCUGUCCACCUUCCUGCAGCUCUCCAGCACCCCCUGCCCUGCCAGCGGGGAACAUGCGGGACACACGCCCUGCAGCGCAGAGAGAGAGACCCACGACGUGCAGUGAGGAGACGCUCAGACACACCAACAUGCAACCCCAUCCCGCCUUUCCACGGGAGACAGCUUCUACAGUGCGUGAGAGAGGAGAGGGAGAGAGGGAUAAGGGUGGCCGAUCUUAAAAUUGAGAAAGGAGUCAAGCAGACAAACGUUUCAGGCAAUGCCUUCAUUAGAUGUUUAUCUGUAACUGUAUCAUAAAUCUGUGAAACUGGAGAAAAUUCAGUGCGGACAAGCAUUUCCGGCUAGUGCCUUCUAGGGGUGUAUCAAUGAAUUGUGAUUCUUCCUUUACACAAUGUACUGUACGGCAAUAGAGAUAUACUGUUUGUGUCGUGAUACGAAACCAAAAGCACCACAACAUAGCUCAUUGUAGUUUACCAAAUGGGUCCUGAAUGAAGAGAAAGUAUCUUUUUUUUUUUUUAAACAAAAUGGUCUGUCGUUAAAUAAUCAUUUGAUCUUCUACACAUCGUACAAGCAGCCAAACAUACGUCCUGAUACGUAUCGUACUGCGAUUAUUGUUGUUAUUAUAGGCAGUUUAUCCAGAACUUCAAACACUCCGUUUUCCAGUAUCUCUCCUACACAUUACACUGAUGAAGGCAUUAAACGUUUGCUCUUACAGUUUCACCUCAGUAACACUGAUGGAGGCACUAGCUGAAACGCUUGUCUGCUUGACUCAGUUUCUUCUAGUUUCAGUAACACUGAUGAAGGCACUAGCUGAAACGCUUGUCUGCUUGAUUCAGUUUCUUCUAGUUUCAGUAACACUGAUGAAGGCACUAGCUGAAACGCUUGUCUGCUUGACUCAGUUUCUUCUAGUUUCAGUCACACUGAUGAAGGCACUAGCUGAAACGCUUGUCUGCUUGACUCAGUUUCUUCUAGUUUCUGUAACACUGAUGAAGGCACUAGCUGAAACGCUUGUCUGCUUGACUCAGUUUCACUAGUUUCAGUAACACUGAUGAAGGCACUAGCUGAAACACUUGUCUGCUUGACUCAGUUUCAGUAACACUGAUGAAGGCUCUAGCUGAAACGCUUGUCUGCUUGACUCAGUUUCUUCUAGUAUCAGUAACACUGAUGAAGGCUCUAGCUGAAACGCUUGUCUGCUUGACUCAGUUUCUUCUAGUAUCAGUAACACUGAUGAAGGCUCUAGCUGAAACGCUUGUCUGCUUGACUCAGUUUCUUCUAGUUUCUGUAACACUGAUGAAGGCACUAGCUGUGUCUGCUUGUCUUUGUUUCUCUGAGUUUUUUGAUGUGUGUUUAUGAAGUGCUUGAAUCUUUUUUGAUGUGCAUUACCAGAAGGGUGUUGUGAUCAGUCUCUUCAAAACCCACAAAUACUCCCCUUUGUACACAGACACAAGACAGCAUGGGUAAUGUUUCAGGUACAAGAGAGAGAACACGAGAGAGAAAAGGAUGGAAGGGACACGGGGCUGGUUGAUCACCCAGUUUGUUUACAUUCUCCCAAAGAAAGGUUGUGUUUUUUUUUUAAUUUUUUUUUAGCUGUAAGGACACAAUCUUCCUCCCCCCUUUGAAACCUGCUUGCCACUACAUGUCUGUCACUCUGUGAGCCAAAAAUCAAGUACAAUAGUUUUGCCUUAAUAGUUAAAUGGUUAGAUGGUUAAAUGCAUCAUCUGAAUGUUCCUGAAAUGUAGAAUUUCUUUCCUUGAAGCUCUUACUGAGUGUGUGUUCUCUAGAAGGACCUAUUUCUGCUAAGUUCUUUAUUUAACAGGCUUGCUGACUGCUCCGGGAAAAACUGCUUCUGCAAAGACUCCUCUGGGCUGAUUGUUGGGAAGUGAGGUUGGGGGGAAGAAUAUUAGCAAGGCUAAUAUGCUUCCCCGCCCCAGCUUGGAAAAGCAGUCUUUUUGGAAGCAGUAAUAGUAAACAAGCUAGUUCAGGAGGCAGGACAGACCUCCCCCUCCCACGGCACAGACCUCGGGACAGAGAGCAGCAGGGUGGAGCUGAGGGGGGUGCAGGGAUGGGAAUGAAUCACACGUAUAGCUCUGAUAGCCCAGAAUUAGAUGUGUAACAGUUAUUAUAACUAGGGCUUCUGUUUUUGGGGUUUUAUUAAUUGUAUUUUCCGGUGCUUAUUUUUAGCUAUUUGAGUUUUAUGUAAAUCGUUUUUUUUCGGGGCUUUCGUUUUUGAUAUACUGUAUGAAAUUAGUGUUUUCGGUUACUUUCCAAAAUGCUUUUUUUGUGUCAAAAUACGUAUAGUAACUGGACAGUACUUGCACACUUAAGUUGUACCUUCUUUCCUUUGCUGUCUUCCACAAUGAAAUCCCUAUGGUCACGGGCACAUUCUUCUGGGGUUUUUGUGUGUAGGCAUUUUUGUACAUUUCGCCACAAUUCUGUUUUAAAUCCUCCCGUAUUUUAACUGUAAUACAGCUUUAAAUCCCGCUAGCAAGCCUCCAUCCUGAUUGUAAUCUCGUUUUAAAUCUCGCAAGCGGAGUCUCCAAUAGAAAUGUAGGAAUGUUCUGUUACUCAGUAGUUGGGGUGUGUUUAAAGUAUUCAGAACGAAUCAAUGAUAGAUACAAGUCAGGAAGGCGGGACAUAGUCUAGCAGCACUGGAAAAUAUGUUUAUUAUUAUUUUUGUAGUAGGUUUUAUUUUUUAAUGGGAAAAGGGUAAAGUCAACGUGACUCGAUUAACCAUUUCCACAGGUGUUUAUUGGCUAGCCACCGAUUUCAUUAUUUUUUUUGUAUCGGGGGUAUUUUAUCGGUUAAAUCCGAAAAUCAGAAGCCCUAAUUAUAACUCGCAUGUCAGAAAUGAACCAAUCACAGUGAAGUGUUUGUCAAAAUUCCAGUCCAUCUUAUCCUGUGUGCAGGUGUCAUCCCGAGCAUACAACACCACACCUGCUGCCAGCGUUCAAAAAUCAAAACUAAAUGCACAUCAAGGUACCUUUUGUAAAAUGGAUCGUCCAAUUAACUGCACGAGAUGGCACCCCUUCCACAUCCUUCCACCCUACACACGGCAAAUUCAUUCUGAUAGUGGUCUUAGCAGACAGAAUGGCACCGAGCACUCCCAGUGAGACUGGGAAUACAAGCUAGAUGAGCCACUUCAGCAGAGCAGCUCAGAGCUCCAACAACUGAUCUUUCUUUACAUCUGUAUAUUUUAUAUUUUUUUACAUUUUUAUUUGCCUUCCUAUUUUCUGUUUUGUCUCGGUGUGUUUUUAAUAUAUAUUUAUUCGUAUUUUUUAAAAAUAUGGCGUGUACCAUGUGGUGUUUUGUUUUGAAUAUUUUCAAUUUUGUUUACACAUUUGUGUGUGUAGUUCUCUAGAUGUACGGAGCCAGCACUGUGAUUCAUCGCAGAGCGCUGUAGUUAUUAUUCCAGGAAUGAGCAUGAGGCUAAAUAACCUGAAAGUGAAAUACAAACACAGCAGCACUGUCAGUGCUCUGAAUGCCCCUGGGGCAGUCUGUUUAUAUAACAAGUACAAUAUGUGGGAAAAGUAUGUUUAAACCUCCGGAACUAAAAGUACUGUACUAGGAACUAGCUAAUACAUUAAAGUACAGGGAACUCAGUACUGUACUGGGGAUCUAAGAGACAGCUAAUCCAAUACAGUCUAGUCUACACAACUAACAGCACUACUGUGGAUCUGAGAGACAGCUAAUGCAAUACAGUCUAGUCUACACAACUAACAGCACGGUACUGUACUAGUAACUCUGAAAGCCUGCUAAUUCAAUGCAGUCUAGUCCCAGCUUUAUUGAACAUUGACCAUAACCCUACUUCAUUGAAUGGGCGCUGGUUUGUAUCUUGAGUGCAUGAGAGGGUGGGUGUGUUGCAGUCUAGCAGUGGCUCCAGAAUGCCAUGCUGACAGAACCUCUCCCUAUUCCUAGAGACUGUGUUCUAGCCUGGAGAGCGGGCAGGGCUGCUGCAGUACCGUUUUUAACUAGAUUCAUCAGUCAGGCCUGUGCCGGCGCUGUGCUGUUUAUUUGGUGUUUUAUGUUUUAGUUUUAGUAUUUAUUUACACUGCAGCGUGCCAAAAUUAUGCAUGAAAAAAAAUCAGUAAAAACUGAGCGAGGUCUGAAAAUCCUGGGUGACUUAAAAUUGUAAAUAAAAUAAUGUAAAAUAUAUAAUAUUUAUAUUUAUAUCUAUAUUUAUACCUCCCAAUUAAGGCAACUUUUUUACCAGUCCUGAUCUGCUCCUGUUGUGUAAAUUGUGUAAAAUCUACUUCAGUGUAAAUUGAAUAUUAAGCCCCUCCCCCACGCAUCUCUUAAAUUCCCUCUGAGACCAACAUGCUGUAAAACUACCAGCCGCCUUGCAGCAAAAACACCUGCUCGAUUAUCCAUUGAAGUCUAGUCAAAUAAAUGAGAUAACCAGGAUGGAGACAAGACUACCUUUGCAUAGCCAUUUCUUAUCUAGAACUUUACUAAUUAAAUGUUUAUUUAUAACAAGGAAUUUUCAGUGUUUAAUAGGAAGGCCACUUCCUGUAAAUUCUCAAGUAUGCAGUUGCAAUCUGGCUGUCAGCCUCCGUGUUCACACAGCAGCAGGUGUACAGAGUUGGCCAGUUUGUUUCAUACUUAGUUGAGUGCUGUGCUGUCUUCCACACAGAUACAUGCUGCAGUCAUUCACACAGCGGGACGGAGGGCUUCUCAGGAUGGCUCUUCUCAUUGGGGUUAUAGACAUGUCAAACAGUUUAACCCUGAAGUUUAAAUGCUUAGGAUAUUAAAUGGAAACUCCUAACUGAGAUCCAUCAUGUCUGGUAAAUGUAUUUGUGUUUCUUUUUUUUUUAUUGUGUUUUUAUCUUGUGAUUAUGGGGAUGUGCUCACGUUUCUUUCUUUCUUUUGUUGUUGUUCAUUGCUUGUAUUUAUUAUUAUUUGCCAAAAAAAUGUGUGUUCUUGUAUAACUUUUUUGUUUUUGUUUUGAUAUACUUUUCUGUUUUGGAAAUAGAGAGGCGGGGAGGAAGGUUGAUUUUUAUCUUUAAGUAGCUUCAGGAGUACUUUCCAUUUCUUUUUAACAAUCCCCUUACUGGUGUUUGCAGUCAUUCUGACUUCUUCUGUUGCUCCUCAAUGGAAUCCUUCUCACUUCUCUAGAUCUGCCUUUACCUGGCUUUGAGCUGCUUUGAGCUGCUUUGAGCUUGCCUGGAGAACCCCAAGUGCCAGGCACUGAACAGCCUUCCUCAUUCCAUUCAAGUCACAUGACAGUGUGACCUUUAAACUCUGCUCUGCCUAUCUGCUCUCUGUAUCCAUGUAGAGAAGGGUCUGGGUUAGAUCCAUGUGGAGAAGGCUCUGGGUUAGAUUGAGUCCUAUUGUCACAUGAUUGUGCUUUUUAUAUGGUGCUUGCAUUAAAAAUGUAAACUGCCUUUUUUAACUUUGAUUUUCUAGUAUUUAGACACGGACAGAGAGAGCUAGGGUAGGUGGGAAGUAAUGCAAGUGUUUGGACAGCCAGAACAUAAAUAAUACAAGACAAAAACUAACCGGACAGCUUCCUCUGUUCCAGUUUUUCUUUGUUUCCUUCGCUUGUGAAGUCCAAGCUAAACAAUCGAUGUACAGACACCUGCAGCUCAUGGUUGGCCAAUGUGGUAUAACCCUGCUGUCGCUGUUACCUACUUGUGGGAUCAACUAUUUAAGUUUGAUGUUGGGCAAUCGAAAACUAACCCUGGGUUGCUGUUUAAUGGAUUUUGUCUUUUUUUUUUUUUUGUAAAUUACUUUUUGAUCAGUGUAAGUAUGCUUGUUGCUCUGGACAAAAAAAAACAUGAAGACUUCUAAAGACUGCAUUAAGUGGAAAUGCCUUUUUUGUCCUCCACCUUGGAACUUUUUUUUCAGUGGAUUUGGACGAUUUAAAAAAACAUUUUAAAAUAAACUUGAAAGAUAAUCCAUUCAGUUCAGAAUUAUCUUUGCACUGGACAAAGGACCUAACUCCUCCCUCAUCCAACCCCCAUAGGAUGCUGCCACCAUUCCGUCACUGCAACCCUCCAAUAAGAUUGAACUGUAAAUAUUACAAGCUCUUUUGAUUGGGUGUUUGGGACCAGGUAAUUAGCAUUUAGGGGGUGGAAGAGCCAGUGAAUGCAAUUUUAAAAAGUGUAACCUAUAAAACUAAAAACUACACCUACCAGCAUGCAUCUAUCCUCAUCGUAACAGUGAGGACUGAUGGUUGCUGAAGAAUUGCUACUGAAAUAAUCAGGAGAUUGCCAGUCGCAAUCUGAACAGUCAGUAAUCAGAAUGAAAACUACAGCUCCUAGCAUGCCUCUGCACUAGCGGGAACAGAGGGAUGAUGGGAGCUGUAGUUCUUUAUACAGGUAGCUGAAGAAGUAUUACUAAAAUGAUACAUUCUUAUCAGCACCAGUAAUAUUAUGACUGCCCCCAUUAUGCUGAUGAUCUCCGUUUCUUUGCUUGUAUUUAUAUACUUCAGUUUGAAAUACACAGAUAUUUCACCAACAACGCUAUAGAUAAAAAGGUACUGCUGCUUCCUGGUACCUAAUCACUUCCUGUUGUGCUGGAGGUCAAACUCCCUCAGAGGGUCUCACUGCAAUCAGACUGUGUGACCUACAGCACAGCAACCAGCUUCCCUAAAUCUCCCUUCCAUGUGCUACGCAGUCUCAACACACAGUUUUGAAAGAGACACGUGCUAUAGUCCCACGCUUCCUUGGUCACCUGCAGAGUGAAAUCAUCCACGCCUUCUUACAUUAACCAGCCAGCUGCUGCUGCUUCCUCCAUUGCAACCCCAAGGACACUAGGAAGUGAAACAGAAACAGGCUUCCGGAAAGUAAGGCAUGCAGAAUUUGGUGUAGUACAAGAUACUGCCCUGUGUGUUUCUUAACUGCACGUGAGACCUCGAAACCCUUAUAAGUUAUACUAUGCGUUUAUCACAGCUUACCAUGGUUUACUAUGUUUAUGAAUAUGCCUUACUGUACUUGUCUGUGCUUUACCAUGCUUUUACUAUAUGUUAUUACACCUUGCUGUGCUUUUACUGUGGGAGACAUUUAUAGGGGUAGUGAGACUGGGAGGAAGAUGGAUUAAUGAAGGCUCCUGCUGGCUCUGCUGCCCCUGUGGUCCGGCGGUUGGUUUUGCAGAAUGCAGUGUGCGUCUCUAUUGCAUUGUGCAGUAUUGUCUUGACAGGUUUCUGCUGUAGAUUGUGCCUGCUGUCUGCAUAUAGACUUUGUGUGUAUAUACUUGUCUAGGGACGUCCUGUAUACAAAUGAUAUACUGUAUAUGUUUUAUAAACUCUGUUGAAAGGGA